AUGGGUGACCUGUGGUUACUCUUGCUCCUGCCCCUGUCCCUGGCAGCCCUCCAUGGGGUCAAAGGCUGUUUGGAGUGUGACCCCAAAUUCAUAGAGGAUAUUAGGACCUUGCUGACAAAUCUGGUACCCUCCGAAGUCCCUGGCCGAAAUCAACUACUUGAACGGCAGUUUAAGGAGAUGACCCAUAUAAGCUUCAAGGUCUCCCACAGGGACAAGAUGCUUCGGGUGUUGGCUGUUCAAAAGGUUGUCAAGUUGAGAACAUGGCUGAAGAAUGAAUUUUAUAGACUGGGCAAUGAAACAUGGAAAGGUGUCUUUAUCCUACAAGGCAAGCUUCUUGAGGUCCGCCAAAACCUGGAACCCAAAGUGAAAGAAACGUUAAAGGCCUUCUCUGAAGUUGCUUGUUCUGAAGAUUGCAUUGUGACUGAAGGUCCUGUCCUUGAUUGUUGGACCUGUCUUCGCAUCACCACCCGGUGCUUCAGAGGAGAAUAUUGUAGAGAAGAGGAUCCGAGGAAGGCUGAACAGCGAGAGAUUGCAUUAUUUCUGAUAUUGCUGGCAGAAGCUGGAAUAUUGGCAAGUGCUGUGUUACUAUUCUAUAUGUGUGUCACUCAUCGGAGGAAAAUGCAGACAAUACGAAGGACACUAAAAAAAUAUCUGGAGAAGAAACUUGAAGAAUUAGUGGGGGCAGCAGAUGAGGAAGACAAAAAAGAUUCUGAACCUAGAAAAUAA